AUGGCGCUCCACAAGAAGCAGGAGUUCGUGGGCGCAGUGACGCUCCUGUCCUUUUCUUCCGAUGGGUCUCUGAUUUACGUAGGCGUCGGUCCGACGGUCUUUCUCUACUCUGUCUCUUCUGGUGAGCUACAAGGUCAGCACAUUGUCUUGCCUCGCGGUAUUCUCCACGGCUGCGACAUCGUCCGACUUCCUCGCGCCACUUCAGAGUCAUUUGCUGGCGUCUUUUUCGGUCAGAAGCGUGUAUCGUGCUUUACAAACCUACCACAAAGUUGUGAAGCAGCUCAAAAGAUUAAGGAGCUCGUGACACUUGGAAACCCAAAAGUAUUCAGCGACUGGGUGUUCGAUGCUCACUUGUUGACGGAUGAUUUGGGUACAUCAGGGAAGAAGAAGAAUUUAUUGGUUGCGGUUGGACUUGCUCACAAUUUGGUGCAAAUAUGGGACCCCACUAGUCGCGAUGUCCUUCUCAGCGUGCAGUGUACUGAGCGCUGCAUUUUGUACGCGUUGGCGUUCUACGGCCGCUCGUUGGACGAGCUCAUUGUUGCUUCGGGAACAGUCUAUCAGCACAUUCUGUUGUGGAAUCCAAUGGAUUAUGGACUUGAGAAUACUGACACUGCUGUUGCACCGGUGCAACGGUUGCAUGCUCACGAGGGCGUGCUUUUCAAGUUGGCGUGGUCGUCUGAUGCCCACUUUCUGGCCUCGGUCUCGGACGAUCGUACUGUGCAGUUGUGGUCGAACAAUAGAAACGCCAAGGUCGAGCAACUGCACAUGUCCAGGAUAUCAAGUCGAGCUGAAUUGUUGCAGAGUGCGUACUUGCCAGUGUUCCGGGCCUGGGGCCAUUCGGCACGUAUUUGGGACGUCACUUUCUGGCAAUGUGGUGUGGUAACAGCAAGCGAAGAUGGAUUUGCCAAGCUCUGGAAUUUGAACGGUCAUUGUGUAGCCACGUUGCGGGGUCACGUGGGCAGGCAUGUGUGGCGUGUAGCUGUUCACCCGUCACAAGAGCUGAUUGUCACAGGAGGUGGUGAUGGUGCGGUAAAACUCUGGAAUGUUGCACGUCAGCUCAUGUCUUCUUUUGACGCGCCGGAGACGAGUGAAGUGUGUAGAACUAUUCGUGUUCCUAUAAUAUCGACCGAAAAGAAGGGUGGUCCAUCAUCUUACAGUGUAAGAAACAUUGUGUUGAGCACGGUCGACGAUGGUGAGACUGCAUUUGUAGCCUCCGAGCGCGGUGAGAUUUUUUGCCUGAAUCUAAUAUCACUUACAGCAAAACUUGCUUUUGUUGUCCCUCCAAGUGGGAGUGAUUUCAUUCAAACACGCACUGGUGGAUUGUCGGCAUUUUCAAUCGAUUUCUCUGGACGCUUCUUGUUACUUGGCGAAGUAACGGGGCGUGUGUGUAUUGUUGAGGCAUCUACGGGCAAUCUGUUGCAUGCAUGGACUUCACAAGCAAACACUCGUGUUAUGAAAAUUUGGUGGGACCAAGAGGAUGCUCUCUUCAUUAGUAGUGCUGGUGGCGCCCUCGUCGAGUGGAAGCCUGUCAUUAGGCAGGCAUGCAAUGACAUGGCAUCCGUGUCCGUUGCAAUAAGUCUCGUGGCUGUAUAUAAAAUCCCGACACAGAGCUCAAUCUCGUCAAUCUUGGUGGUAGAUCGAUCAGCCAAGGUCAGGAAUAUCGUGGGAGGCGACGGGCAUGGUAACGUCUAUCUUUUUCAUCGUCCGUAUGCUCCGAGUAGCAUCGACUACGAUGUUGAUGCGGCCAAAUCCCCUGCUCACAUGCUCAAAAGCGUCCACGGACGUGAGUUGGUGGCAUCGCUUUUACUUAGUAAUGCUCAAAAUUGCCAUCUCACGAUGCUAUCUGGUGGCCAUGACGGACACAUUUGCUCUUAUGCAUUAGAAGACGAUACUAGAUCGAGUGGGGCGCUGACAAUUGAACAGUUGGGCCGUGAAUCCAUCAAAGGAAUCUCCACAGUCAAGCAGCUCUGGUGGAGGCAAAUGGCAUCUACCGACGGCGUGCCGCAACAUGACCUUAUGGUCUUUGGUUUCCAGGCGUCAUGCGCUAUUCUGUACAACGCGUCCGCGCAGUAUUGUAUCUUCGAGGUGGAAUGUGGUGGUUGGCGCCGCCCCCAUGCCCUUUACACUCGUGGUGAUGGAUGUCAGCACGCCGUUCCCUCUCAUACACUUGUAUUCACGCCUCGAACAACGGAAAAGCAGCACGUUGAUAUCAAGGUGCACUCUACGCUUCUGGAUGCGCACGAUUCUUCAGGAACUUCUUCUUUUUUCUCCAGAUGCUCUCUGCAUGAUCAUCAUCAUAGUCGCAUGACGACUUGUGUAUCUUUUCUCGGAAAAGAACGCUUAGUUACUGCAGCAGAAGACAACAGCUUAAUGCUGCAUCGUCGCCGCCGCACUCAACAUGACCACGAGAAGCACGAACACUUGCGCUGGUGCGGCGUAGCUUCAGGGAUUGCCCACACCACAAUUGUGAGGGCGCUCACCACGUAUCCUCGCAUAAAAAUUGAUGGCGUUGAGGAACACAUCGUGCUCUCGGGCGGAGGCAAGCAGCGCCUGAAUGUAUGGCUAGUUUCUGGUGACGACAAUCUACUUCGUCAUAUUUGUGGCCAGGAACGUGCAGGAGCAGCGCAGGAUCAUCGUAUCCUUGGGCUUACUACGUUCCCGAUUCCUCGCAACUCGGAAAAUUACCGACUUGUGACGGCUUGCAACUCCGAAGGAUCCACUCAACUGCUUUUGCUAGACGUGAAUAAUGCUGGACUUUUCGAGCUCGGUGACUGCCAUUCAGCCUCGAGAAAACCAAUUUUGUCUUGCGUAGGAUUUCAGGAAGGUGAAGCCGACGCGAUGAUUGCAGGCCUAGCAGUUGGCUCCACGGAUGGUUUGGUGACACUGUGGGAUUUGACGUUGCUGCUGCAGAAGAUUGGGUCGUUGCUUGUUCGAUCCCAUUCUGACGUGGAACAGCUUCGUGAAAAGCUAGAGCCGCUGAUUAGUGAGCUACGUCCAAGUGGUAACUACUUGGCACACGAUAUGGGCACAAACUGCAUGGACCUUGUCUCCUGUGCAAGAAGUGCCGAAGAGGGAAGCCUGGACGUAACAAUCGUCAGCGGUGGAGAUGACCAGAAUUUAAACUUACAUCAGCUGCGCUUUCCAUCGUGCCAACUGCUUUCCAAAACCCGGAUGGUAAAUGCGAGCGGUUCAGCUAUAAAAGCAGUUUCGUGUGUAAAUGCUCAAGUCAUUUUUGCAGCCGGCUACGACCAACGAGUGAGCAAGUGGAAUAUUCAGCGCAACGAAAAUGGGUUUGAGCUUGAGUGGCAAGGUGCCGCGUUCUCGGAGUGUGCCGACAUUGCCGACCUCGCAGUUCGGCAAGCUCUAGCUGGAACGGCGGACGAUGUUGUUGUCGUUGGUCAGGGUCUGCAGAUGCUGCAGUUUCAACGUGGCGAGGAACACCGUCAUUAA